GCGGAGCGUCGAUCAUGGAGGCCGCGGAGUUCGACGAAGCGCUAGCUCUAGCGGUGUUGGAAUCCGCUCUUACCCAUGUCCAGUGGCGGCUCAAAUCUUCCUCCAAGCGCCGUCUCCAAAUAGAUGUGAUGGCUUUGUGCGCGGGGAUUAGGCCGGUGGUUAUGGUGGACUAUGGAGGGAAGCUGCCCGAACUGCAACAACACUUGUGCGCUCUGUUGAGAUUCUGUCACAAGGAAUCACAUAUAUUUGAGCAUUUAAGGGUAAUGCUCAUAGAGGACAUGAUUUAUUUAGUACAUAGAAGAGGACUUGCCGAACUUGUGAGAUCUAGCUUGAACUCAGAAGCACAACUGUUCUUUGUGGACCUUGAACAAGAUCCUCCUCAGAUGAUAAGAGAAAGAGAAGAUAAUGUUGCAGCAAUUCAGCUUGUUUCAGUUCAGAAGAUCUUCUCUCUGCAUUUUCCAAUUAUAGAACAGAACAAUGAAAGCUUAACAUGUAAUAAGACAGGCAUAGUAAGCACUGAUACGUCUUCAGUUGAUGAUUCUACUGCCCUGGGGAAUCCUGACUGUAUUGAUUUGAGUAGCUGUCUGCAAGAUACAAAGAUUAGCAUCCCAACAUUGAAUGGAUGGCUUCUUGGUUAUCCAGUUGUGUAUUUGUUCAGCACAGAGCACAUUGAAGAGGCGAUCUAUAAUCUGUCUACCAAGUCACUUCGUGUCUUCAGAAUUCUAUUCUCUAGGAAAAAGACCCGUGCAAAAGUUACUGAACCAGAAGAAGAAUUAAUGAGCUUCUCAGUGCCUUAUGAUCUGAGCAUGGGUGGGAGUCGUGAGCCGUGGGCCGAAGCAUUCUUGUCUGAUAUGCACGAAAGGUGGGGAACAUGCAAACCUGCUUGGAGUGGAUUGCGUAUGGAGGUCACCGAAUGCUAUCCGCAAGCCAUUGUGCUGUAGCAUAAUUGGAUUUGCAGGAUCACACUGAUGACCUAACAAGAAAAGUUGCUGAUGUAACUCAGAGAAUCAGAGAAAUUGACGAGGACCGGUUAGAGAACUCGGAGACCAUAGGGGUUUAACCCGUGGAGUGCAAGAUUUCCCUUGUUUGAACUUUCGGCGGUUCUCUCUGCUUUCCAAACCACUAUCAGAAUCCGGUUCAUGACUGCUAUAUUAUGUUCAAUUUGGGAGAAGAUAUUUCAAGGUGAAUAGAGCUUGAAGGCCUCAUUAGAAAACUGGAAUAUCUAGGGUCAAGGUGCUUACAUCGGUGCGUUGUGCUCUGGCCACUUGCAUUAUUUCUCAGUGUGUUCAUUAAGAAAUGUGAAAACUGAUUGAAGUGAACGCUGUCCAUAUUCUUUUUAUUCCGCAUUGUGCCACUACAUUGAAGUCUAGUCGAUUUAAAAGGACUGUUAA